UUCUUGUUGCUCCUACGCAACAUGGUGUUUAGAUAGUCUGAGCAGUGCUGAUUUUUAACCCUGCGUUGAAUCUUGAAUAGUGUUCAAGGAUCAAGUUUAGUGUCCUAGAACAUGAAUGAUUCAAGUGGUUCCCAACAUCAGCAUGUCAAUGGAAAGCCAAAGCAAUUGCAGUUCGUAGGUUCACCUAUUAUGAACAAUGGACCAAAGCACCGUCCGUUGACUCCCAUGAGACGAUUCCGUGGCAUAGCGUGUGUGGGAACCAUACUGUCAACAGCAUUCCUGCUGAUAGUUUACAUAGCUCCUGUAACUACCUUCCUUGUACGGUUGUUCAGCGUGCAUUACAGCCGAAAGAUAACUUCUUUUCUAUUUGGAAUGUGGUUAUCAUUGUGGCCAUUUUUGUUUGAGAAAAUAAACAAGACCAAAGUAGUUUUUUCUGGUGAAAAUGUGCCUCCAGCAAAGCGUGUAUUGUUAUUCGCCAACCACAGAACCGAGGUUGACUGGAUGUACUUGUGGAAUCUUGCAUUGAGGAAAGGCCAAUUGGGAUAUAUCAAGUAUAUCCUAAAGAGCAGCUUGAUGAAACUACCUGUUCUUAGCUGGGCAUUUCAUCUUUUUGAGUUUAUCCCAGUAGAACGAAAAUGGGAGAUUGAUGAAAGAACUAUACAGAACAGAUUAUCAAAAUUUAGGGACCCCAGGGAUCCUCUAUGGUUGGCAGUUUUUCCAGAAGGCACGGAUUAUACUCAGCAAAAAUGCAUCAAGAGUCAAGAAUAUGCAGUCGAGCAUGGUCUGCCUGUACUAGAGAAUGUCCUUCUUCCGAAAACAAAGGGGUUCAUUAUUUGUUUGGAAGAGCUCAGAAGCUCCUUAGAUGCAGUUUACGACGUCACAAUGGCAUAUAAGCAUCGACAACCCGAUUUUCUAGACAAUGUAUAUGGCAUCGAUCCUUCGGAAGUCCACAUCCACAUCAGGACUGUUGAGCUCAAGAAUAUCCCUACAUCAGAAGAUGAAGUAGCUGAUUGGAUUGUAGAACGGUUCAGGCAAAAGGACGAACUUCUGUCAGAUUUUUCCAUCCGAGGUCACUUCCCUGAUGAAGGAGGUGAAGGAGAUAUAUCCACAUUAAGAUGCAUUGCUAACUUUUUCGCAAUAGUCAGCUUGACAGGCAUUUUCUUGUACCUAACUCUCUUUUCAUCUGUGUGGUUCAAGAUCUAUGUGGUGGUAAGCUGUGUUUACCUUACAGUUAUUACUUACUACUCGAUACAUCCAACCGAACUGAUGUCUUCCCUCCGUGCCAAAAAUGUAUUGUAUAAGAUGCUGUAACUAUCGGACUAAAAACUGUCCAACCGAAAACUGUAUAUCUGAAGGUGUUUACUGCUGGAUUUUUCGCUGCAGUCA